AUGACUCGACUCGGACUGUCGGAGAGCAUGCGCUCGACCGCGUCGGUGGAUGGAACGGAGCCAAUAGGCAGGCUGACGCACCUUCGCCCACUCUUGAAUCUCACCGAAGCACCAACACUGCCAAGAGCCGCAGGGAAACCGUCUAGCGAGCACGAGACAGAGCGAAAGUUCAGUUUUUGUGCGUCCUUGAACCUGCUGCGGUUCAUUUUAGGCGGUAUAUUGGCCAUCGUGUUGUUCUUUACAGACUUUGACGUACUCCCUUUUCCCUCGGGGACCCGAAGGAGCAGCACAUCGCAGGUCGGAGAGCAGUUUGAUCAACUGGAGAGGAGUAUCUCGCUCCUUUUGCGAGGCACCGUGGAACUUACAACGACAGCCGACAACUUUCUCCAGCGCUCUCAAGAAGUGCAUGCAAAAGCUUUUGCGAGGACGGAGAUGCUAUAUAAUUUUUCCAACAGGAGCUUUGUGGAGGAGGCAAAGGUACAAGCUGAAGAGCACUCGCAAGUCAUGCGGGAUGCGCUGCAGUACUACGCGCAUCAGGAACAAAAGAUCCUGGAGACGAAAGGGCGUCUGGAUCCAAUGCAGGUAUCGCUGUCGAUGAAGAGCUCAGUGAGGCCAGUGCGUUCGAUAUGGUACGGAGACAAGCGGGAGGUGACAGAAAACGGUCGCGAGAUGGACGCCACAAACGCAGUCACCAACUUUGUAAACAAAAAUCGACACGUCGGUAGGACUGACGACCACCGGUUACAUCCGAAGAGCACAUCUGUUCCGAUGGACGUCGGGGAAAAAUGCAGCAAUCGACAGACAAGCGUCAAGCAGCCGACUUUAUAUAGAUCGGUCCUCUUUUACGUCGCCGUGGCCUUUGCUUCUGCUGGUUAUCUGUGGAACACCAUUGUGAAAACGGAAGAGAAAAAGACGGAAAGUGCCAAGUGGUCGUGGUCUCCUGUUCCAAAGGUUUUGAAUGAGUUGAUGAAGAUGCUACGAGCGCAAGUGGUGAGAUGGUUUGAUGGUGCCCGUCGGCGAAUCAAGUCUUAUCGCUCAUGA